AGUUGUCAAAAGUUUACACAUCUUUAUCUUCAAAUCAAUAUUUUGUAAUUAAUAAUUAUAAAUAAAUGUAAAUAAUUACAUUUUUUUUAGCAACUGCGUAUAAUACAAAAUAAAGUGCGCCUUUCAAUGUACAUUCCAUGAUAUAAUACAAAUAAAAUGGGUGCACUUUUUGGUAAAAGUAAAAAACCUGUAAGCAGGGUAACUGAACAAGAUAAGGCAGUAUUGCAGCUAAAGCAACAAAGAGAUAAACUAAAACAAUAUCAAAAGAAAAUAGAACUUAACCUUGAAAGAGAUCGGCAAUUAGCUAAGAAACUGCUCUCCGAAGAUAAACGAGAUAAAGCUAAGCUUCUAUUGAAAAAGAAAAGAUAUCAGGAACAGUUGCUGCAGAACACGGAUUCGCAGCUAGAAAAGUUGGAGCAGUUAACCCACGAUCUCGAAUUCACACAAAUUGAAGUACAGGUAUUAGAGGGUUUGAAGACUGGAAAUGCUGCAUUAAAGAAGGUACAUGAUAUUCUAAACAUAGAUGAGAUAGAGAAAAUUAUGGAUGAAACUCGAGAAGGUAUUGAGAAACAGAGAGAGAUUGAUGAAAUGAUUUCCGGACAACUGACUUCAGAGGAUGAUGAAGCCAUUGAAGCUGAGCUUGAAUCUAUUCUUGAUGUUGCUGAUCAGUUGCCAGAUGUACCUGAAGACAAACUGCCAGAGGCAAAGGCUGAGGAUAUCCCUGAGAGGCCACAAAGAGUUAAGAAUAAGGCAAACAAGGUGGCAGUUGAAGCUUGAAUGUUAAAAUUUUAGAUUAAGAUAUAUAUAAAACGUAAAUGUAUAUAAACAUAUUGUACAAAUGCAUCAAUAAA